UAUUCAAUCAAAUUGGAUUCAACUCCUUCGUUGAGCUCGUCACCAAACACAUAUAUUUAAAACAUAGAAAUAUUUUUUUUUCAUUCAAGAUAUCGUUCUUCCUAAUUAAAAAAAAAACAAGCGACAAUGGAAUUCAAAGCCAUUCAGAUUGCAUUAUGUAUGAUUGUCAUGGCAUGUGGUGCAUUUGCCAGUUACGGCCAUUCAAGCAGUUACGUGCACAUUGAUCAUUUGUCACAUGGUUUAGGAAGCUAUGAUGGCGGCUAUGAUCACUAUGAUGACCAUGAUUACCAUGCUCCAGCCAAUUAUAAAUUCGGAUAUGCUGUCAAAGAUUUGCAUACUGGUGACGAUAAACAAGCAUGGGAAUCACGUCAUGGCGAUCAAGUGAAAGGAUCAUAUUCAUUAGUUGAACCUGAUGGUACAAAACGUAUUGUUGAUUAUACAUCGGACAAAAUUCACGGUUUCAAUGCUGUUGUUAAAAAAAUCGGCCAUGCUCAUCAUCCAAUCGUUGAACACCAUGGUCCAUUGGCCGGUGGUUUUGGUUACUAUUAAACAUUCAUAUAUGUUCAUCGAGUUUUGGCAAUCGGAAUUGAUUUCGAUUCGCUGUUAAUAGUAUUUUUUUCUCUCACGUGUAUCUUAAAUUAUUACCAUUUUCUAAUUGUACUUUUGUAUUUGUGUACACUUUGGUGCAAAGUGACGAUAGGGGAACAUAUCUACAUCGUUCGUGACAAACACUGAUUCAAAUUCUUGUAUCAAGUUCUUGUAUAGAUUUCAAAAUCGAAUGUUUUUUUUCAUCGAUUAAAAUGAAAUUUACUUACAUAUUUAUAAUUUCACAACUCUAAUAUUUAUCGAAAUUCAAUUAAAUCACUGUAAUUCUGUUUUGAAAGAUAAAUUGUCAGACGAUCAAAGGAUAAUGUUAAUUUUAAUCGAAAAAAACGAAAAUUUGAGUGAAAUAAAUGUUUCCAGUGAAAUGGAAAGAUAAAAAUA